ACAAACAAAAAGAAUAAUGAAAGUCUCGAUAUGAGGCAAGUCCUAGUAACUGAAAAAAAACAAAAUCUCAUUCUAUCGUAACAAGCAAUGAAUGAAAGUUGAAAAAGAAAAAUGAAUGAAAAAUGGUAGAUGUGAGAUGUGGUACAGGUAGGUAGUUAUCUGUCUGCAAUUUAACAACAAUGAUUAAGAGUAUCACCACCAUAAGAUUUCACUCUCAUCUUUCUUCUUCUUUCCCUCUUCUCCUCACUCACUUUCCACCCAUUUCCCAUUCUUUUCCUACAUUUUCUCUCUCCAAACUCAAACCCAUUUUCCCCUUAACUUCUUCUUCAACCACCAUCACUCGCCGUAACAACCCAUCUGCCACCAUGUUUCAUCAUGACCCUUUUGUCUCUGAUAUUCUUGCUACAGCUGUUUCUGGUGUUGUUGCUUUCUCUGCUCUUAGAUUGUGGCAAGAAACUGCAAAACGUCGACUUUUUGAUCAGAAAUUGAAUAGGAAACUAGUACAUAUUACCAUUGGGCUGUUAUUCAUAUUCUGUUGGCCACUAUUCAGUACCGACAAAUGGGGAUCGUACUUUGCUGCUUUUAUUCCAGCCGUCAAUGUACUUCGGCUGCUUGUUAUUGGACUUGGAAUAUGGAAAGAUGACGCCGAAGUGAAAUCAAUGAGCAGAUUUGGAGAUCAUAGGGAACUUCUUAAGGGACCAUUGUAUUAUGCUGCAACUCUUACUUUUGCAUCCAUAAUAUAUUGGAGAACUUCGCCUAUUUCCAUUGCUGCAAUAUGUAAUAUGUGUGCAGGAGACGGUAUGGCUGACAUUGUUGGAAGGAGAUUUGGUAGUAAAAAGAUAUCUUACAACAAAAACAAGUCCUACGCCGGUUCAAUUGCAAUGGCAUCUUCUGGAUUCUUGGCUUCAAUUGGGUUUAUGUGGUAUUUUUCCUCAUUUGGAUAUAUGGAAGGAAGCUGGAAACAUGUUAUAGGUUUCCUAGUUGUGUCUAUUGUCGCAACUGUUGUGGAGUCUCUUCCUAUCAGCACCGAUCUUGAUGACAACCUCACAGUUCCUCUCACUUCCAUAUUGGUAGGAAGCUUAGUCUUGUGAUAUAAAGCAUGUUGUAAUAAUAAAAGAAAGUUAGCAAUUAGUUCCAAUUUAUUUAGAAGAUGUUUGUUGAUUCUGUAAUGUUGUUAAGUAGCUUCAUUAUUAUCGGUUAAACAUACUUACCCUGCAAAGGGUCUUUAGUAGAAAAGUUCCUCGUACUAGUUUUUAAUAUGUAAAGGAAUUUUGUUAGUGACAAAUUACAAAAAUAAUCUAUACCAAUGAGUAUUAAGAUAA